CUUUUUAUCUCCCUCUCUCUCUCUCCCUCUCUCUCUCUCUCUCUAUCUCUCUCUUCGACUGCUCCUACUUUCCUCUCUCCGAGUCUCCGCGCAAUUAUUAUCCCUGUGCCCUAAUGGGGACGAUCCGAACCAAGCGAACACUCCAGGUAUGGAAGAUCGUAGCCCUGUGGACCGUCGCCGCGGCGGCGCUCUCCUCGGCGGCGGCGGCGAAGAGGAGGGCGGCGGGCGGAGAGCGCGCGGCGGCGGGGAGCUGCGCGCGGGCGCACGCGGCGAGCGUGGAGGACUUCGGCGCGGUGGGCGACGGGGCGACCUCCAACACGGCGGCGUUCGCGGCCGCGGUGGCGCACCUCGCGCGCUUCGAAUCGGACGGCGGGGCGAUGCUCGUCGUGCCCCCCGGCCGCUGGCUCACGGGGCCCUUCAACAUCACCUGCAGCCACUUCACCCUCUUCCUCCACCGCCACGCCGUCAUACUCGCCUCCCAGAAUAUUAGCGAAUGGCCUGCAAUUGAUCCAUUGCCUUCUUAUGGUAGAGGAAGAGACUUACCCGGUCCAAGGUACAGCAACUUCAUCAUGGGAUCUAAUCUCACUGAUGUAAUCAUCACAGGGGACAACGGAACUAUCGACGGACAGGGAAAGUUUUGGUGGGAUAAGUUCCACAAGAAAGAACUGGAUCACACUCGAGGGCACCUGCUAGAAAUUAUGUACUCAGACCAUGUCCUCAUAUCCAACCUCACAUUCGUCGACUCUCCGUUCUGGACCAUUCAUCCGGUCUACAGCAGCAAUGUGAUUAUCUCGGGCGUUACCAUUCUUGCCCCAACUGAUUCCCCAAACACUGAUGGAAUCGAUCCCGAUUCGUGCUCCUACGUCCGAAUCGAGGACUGCUACAUUGUCUCUGGCGACGACUGCAUCGCCGUAAAGAGCGGCUGGGACGAGUACGGCAUCGCCUUCAACAUGCCGAGCCAGCACAUUGUGAUCAAGAGGCUCACAUGCGUCUCCCCGACGAGCUCGCUCAUUGCUCUAGGCAGCGAGAUGUCCGGCGGAAUCCGCGACGUCCGCGCUGAAGACGUCACCGCAAUCAACACCGAAUCCGGCGUCCGGAUCAAGACCAGCGUGGGGCGCGGGGGAUUCGUCAGGGACGUAUUCGUCCGGGGAAUGACACUGCACACCAUGAAGUGGGUCUUCUUCAUGACGGGCGGCUACGGACAACACCCUGACGAUAAAUACAAUCCGGACGCGCUGCCGGUGAUUGAGGACAUCCAUUACAGCAACGCGGUCGCGGAGAACGUGAGCAUGGUGGCAAGUUUGGACGGGAUUCGGGGCGAUCCUUUUACGGGGAUUUGUAUAUCGAACGUCACGGCGGGGGUGACGGAGUUGAAGAAGAAGAAGGUGCAGUGGAACUGCACGGAUGUGGAGGGCGUGUGGAGCGACGUGGCACCGCGGCCGUGCAUGUCGCUGCGCGACAAGGGGACAUACGAGGCGCCGUGCAAGUUCCCUGAGGAGAGGCUGCCGAUAGAGUCCGUUGAGAUCAAUCCAUGCUCGUUUUAGAAGAGCGAAGCUUUGAAGUUGGAUUUGAGUUCGUGUUGGUGUUUCUUUUCCUUUACUUCUAUGAUUUUAUAUAUAUACUAGUUAUAGUGCACGUAUAAGGUCGAACUGUUGGUAGAAGUAAAAUUUGAACCGUUGGGCGUUGGUACGUACAAGUGUGCGUUUUUAUGCUUGUUGAUAAUUAAUUAUGGAAUUCAAAUAGCUCCCUCCAAAGGUUUUAAGUUUUUAAACA